CCUCCACUCCACACCUUACAACUCAAUCCAUAUUAUAUACCUUCAUUCGUUCUUCGUCGUUGUCGCAGCUUCGAUCUCAAGAAAAUGUCUUGCCAUCUUCACCAUGUCAAUUGAGUUCCAUAUCAUCUUUAAACAAGAAUCUCUUUUUUUUUUUCCAUAGUUCUUGGCACACGCUAGUGUCUUCAUUAGCUCUCGGUUCGCUUAGUCGGGGUUGACUUUGUUCGAGAAGUAGAUCCAGUCGACAAGUGUUCGGUCAUAACGAUCCAUCGCUAGUUUAUGGGCAGGGGAGGAUCACCGACAAUCAUGUCGAAUGAAGACGAUCAAACGGAAGUUGCGCCGACGGGGAUGAAGGACAAGAAGGAAGAAGAUCUGAGAAAAUCCUUGUUCAAUCAAUCCGCGAAAUCGGCGACAUCGACCGGAAACGGGAAGCCGAGCAGCAUGGUUAUUAAGAAAACUCACCGAGUAAUACCAGCACAUAUCGUCGCGGAAGCCAUAUCGACCCUCCACGGGCUCGACCUAAGGUGGUCGGGACCAAUAACUCCGUCCGAGAUGCAAUACGUCGAGCAAUACGUCCUAGCAAAGUACCCCGAAUACUCAAACGCCCUUGUCGAAGGAGGUGAAAAAACUGAUCUAUACAAUCUUUGCGUCAAAGAAAAUCUCUCGGAGCCCCAACCUGACGAGAAACGAAAGUCCCCUCGAGAGUCAUUACCGUCAUCAUACGGUAGCACCCUUGCCGACCUCGAGAACACACAACUCGAGCCGUCGAGAUUGCUUAGCAUCCUCACCAAGAAAUCCUCCUUCCUCGGAAGCUUCAUCUCGAUCCCCGAAAUCCAAGCUCGGAACAAAGUUCUCAAGCAUUGCGGGUUGCCCGAUGAGGAAUAUCUUGUGCUCUUCACUCAAAGUUACAAAGACGCGAUGAUGUUGGUUGGCGAAAGCUACCCUUUCUUCAAGGGUAACUACUACCUAACCAUAGUCUCCGAGGAUUCCGAUUGCGUUAGGGAGUUUGCGAGCUACAAGGAAUCGAGGGUGAUCGCGGCGCCGGAGACGUGGUUGGAUUUGCGGAUUAAGGGAUCGCAGCUAAGCCAUUAUUUUCGACGGAAAUGCAAGCACAGUCCCAAGGGGCUCUUCUCGUAUCCGGCCGAAGUCGCUGGGACGAGAUACUCUAUGCAUUGGAUAUCGGAAGCUCACCGGAAUUCGUGGCACGUGCUGCUCGAUGCUACGGCCCUCGUGGUCGGCGAGGAUCAGCUAAAUCUUGCCCUCCACCGACCGGAUUUCGUCUUGUGCAGCAUCGAUAGUUCGUCCAAGGUCACGUGCCUCUUGGUAAGAAGGAAAUCGUUCGAUAUGUCGGCCUCGUCUGCCUGAGUGAAAUUUUGUGUGUGUUGGUAACUUGACUUGGUUAAAUAAUUGCUUGUAGUUAAUUUACUGUGAGAAAAUAACUUUGAUUUACGUGCCUCAAAUUAUAUAACAAUACAUUGUUUUAAUAAAAAUGCGCCAAACACCCAAUAUUUUAUUUAU